UUCAGAAAGAGACAGAGGAGAACAAAACAGUUGUUUUUCUAAGCCCAUGUGUCUCACACAGAGACGUGUCUCACGAAAAGAGUGGGAAGAUUUUUUGUUUGUUUUCUUCUCUUAGUUCUCACACUGGAUCAUAUGGAAUUAAAACGUUGUUAAACUGGGAUUUUCUUCAACCUGAAUUCAACUGUGAAACAGAUUUCAUCUCAGACUGAUUCUUCUUGUGGGACUAGUUUUAUUAGGAUCCUACUAGUUGUCUGGUGUGGAUAUACUACCAGUCUGUCUCUGAGAUGGGGUCCAGAACUCUUCUACUUGUUCUGGGAUCCUACUGGUUGUCUGGUGUGGAUAUAAUACCAGUCUGUCUCUGAGAUGGGGUCCAGAACUCUUCUACUUGUUCUGGGUCUUCAUUUCACUCUACUGGGGAACAUAGAGGCCAGAGAUUGCGGCCUGGGCUUCAUUGCCAAAGGGAGUCAACAAUGUGUUGAUAUGGAUGAGUGUAAACAGUGGGACAGUACCCCAACCUGUGGAAGUAAUGCCACAUGUUACAACACAUAUGGAAGCUUCUACUGUCAGUGUCAACAUGGGUUCAGAUCCACAACAUCUUUGAAGUUUACUCCUUUCGCUGGGGAGUGUAAGGAUCUCAAUGAGUGCCUGGAGAACCCACCGGUUUGUGGCAGCAACACCAUUUGCCUCAACACCAUCGGGAGCUACAACUGCCAAUGUCAACCUGGGUUCAGAGUUCCUACUUACGCUGAACACUGUGCAGACAUAGAUGAGUGUAAUGAGACCGCUGGUAUCUGUGGAGUGGGCGGGGACUGCCAGAACCAGAAAGGAAGCUACAGUUGCCUCUGUCACCCUGGAUACAGUAACUACGACAACAAACAGGCUCAGUGCUCAGUACUGACCUGUGACCAGUUCAAAGCGAAUGAGACUCCUGGACAGACUGUCCCAGGUUUAGCUGGUCUCCUGUCUCUGAUGAGGAACAGCUGUCUGGCAUUAAGUAACUCUGGGGACGCAGCCGGAGGGAGACUGACUGGAGAGGUGUUACUGGAGAAUGUCUUCACGGAGAUGGACGGCCUCUUGUCUCACGCUAUCCUAAACAACAGCCGGGAGGUGAGUGGGUUGCUAGGCACCGUGGAGGACGCCAUGAGGUUCAUCGGGCCGCAGCUCAGGGACACCCACACCACCAUGGAGACAGACCACACAGCAACUGAGCUUGCAGUGAGGAGGGGACAGACUCCGCCCACUGGGCCAAUCAGCCUGGCCAAUGACAACGCUCGGCUGGACACCAGCUGGGAGACAGCCACCGGCAACGGGACAUACCCAGGUUUCGCUCUGGCUGGGUUGGUGUCUUACAAGAAAGUGGAGAAAUCUGUCAACAACUCCUUCCAGUACCUCACUGACACAGACACAGACACAGCAACCGCCACAGCAUCAAAGCCUAGCUACCAGAUCAGUUCCAAGGUGGUAACAGCCUUUGUCAGUAACCCAGCAACAGACCACCUCACCCAGCCUGUCAUCCUCACCUUCAAACAUCUACAGGUGAGGGCGGAGUCAAUGGAGAUGAACUACACCUGUGUGUUCUGGUCGGAGGGGCGUGUCCAUGAAGAGGGAGGGGCGUGGUCAAGGAGUGGCUGUACCAAAGUCACGUCUAACGCUACACACACCGUGUGUUCCUGUUCCCACCUUAGCAGCUUUGCUGUUCUCAUGGCCCUCUACCCUGUACAGAACACCUUUGAGCUGCGUCUGUUGACGUGGCUGGGUCUGUCGUUGUCUGUGGUGUGUCUGUUGCUGUGCAUCCUGACAUUCUGGCUGUGUCGGUCCAUCCAGGGGACACGCACCACCAUCCACCUCCACCUCUGUGUCUGCCUCUUCAUCGCUGACCUCGUCUUCCUCAGCGGUAUCUCACACACACAGAGCAAGGGAGGAUGUAGGGUUGUAGCAGGUCUCCUCCACCUGUUCUUCCUAGGAUCCUUCAGUUGGAUGUUGUUAGAGGGGGUUCAGCUCUAUCGCAUGGUGGUCCUGGUCUUCAACACUACCAUAAGACCUCUGUACCUGUAUACUGUGGGAUAUGGACUGCCACUGGCUAUAGUCAUCAUCUCUGCUAUCACCUACCCAGAUGGAUAUGGUACCACACAACACUGUUGGUUGUCUCUGGAGAGAGGAUUCAUCUGGAGUUUCUUCGGCCCAGUGUGCACCAUCAUCAUCCUCAAUGCUUUCUUCUUCAUCAUCACUGUCUGGAGGCUGGCCCAGAAGUUCUCUAGUCUCAACCCUGACCUCUCCAACCUACGCAAGAUCAAGGUGUUCACAGUGACAGCAGUGGCCCAGCUGUGUGUGUUGGGUACUAUGUGGAUAUUUGGAGUGUUCCAGUUCCAAGAGGAGGGGACAGUGGUCAUGACAUAUCUCUUCACUAUCCUCAACUCUCUACAGGGAGCACUGCUGUUCAUCAUGCACUGCCUACUGAACAAAACGGUUAGAGAGGAGUAUUGCAAGCUGCUGUCCUGUAUCUGCACACCACAGAAGAAGAGAUACUCAGAGGUCAGCACCACCAACCCUUCUUCCAGCCAAUCCCAGGGGUCAAGGAGCGCAGAGAACACGGGGGAGUCGCAGAUAUGACGUCACCAAACCCCCAUAAUGCACCUCUUUACCCCUCCUCCCAUGACAAAGGUUCCCACUAGAUGGCCAAACUGUAAAGUCAAAAUGGUCGAUAUCGUAAACAUUUAUGAAAACAAAGAUUUGCGUUUAGCGAUGUGGUUAAGAUAUAUUGUAGAAAUGGGAAGUGUUUCUGAUUUAGGAUCUUGGCCAGAUAGUGACACACCAGAAACACUCAUCCCGAGGAUAGUACUGUUCAGACCAGGUUCGUAGAAAAUGUGUCCAACUAGCCCGCCGGAUAGUAAAAAUGGUAGUCCUCUAGCCAGGUUGGCCAGUGCCCAAAAUCCUUCAGUUCCAUCCCUGAUUAGACACUUCAUAUCAAACUUGAUGUUAACCACUGUCUUCUUAACAAGCAUUAGGUUAUCCAAUCAGAAGGUAUGUGAUCUUCAUGUCAUCCAAUAGGAAUGAGUAUGAUCUUUAUGUCAUCCAAUUAGAAGUUCCAUGAUCUUCAUGUCAUCCAAUAGGAAUCCAUAUGGUCUUUAUGUCAUCCAAUCAGAAGUUACACGAUCUUCAUGUCAUCCAAUAGGAAUCUAUAUGAUAUUUAUGUCAUCCAAUCAGAAGUUACACGAUCUUCAUGUCAUCCAAUAGGAAUCUAUAUGAUAUUUAUGUCAUCCAAUAGGAAUCUAUAUGAUAUUUAUGUCAUCCAAUAGGAAUCUAUAUGAUAUUUAUGUCAUCCAAUUUCACAACCACAAACGAAAGGUACUAUUUUCCACCACUUGGAUGACAUCAUAAACAUGAUGAACAGAAGCUUUCGUCCUUCACAUGAAUGUGAUUUAUAGUCAUAUUUAUUACCAAGAGCACCAGAUAGGGUGACUGUUCUACACGAUUAAAUCCAGAGAGAUUUAGAAAAACAUUAUGUGAAGAUUUGUGUUAGUUGUGAUCUAUUGGACUGUUAUUCUGUUAUACUGUUAUACUGUUAUACUGUUAAUGUGUUAUUGAUCUUUAACCCUUUAUUAAUAACAUUUAAGAAUAAGUCUUUAUAAAUGAAUAUACAUGUUUAUAAAUUAUUAUAAAUGUUGUACAUUUUUUAUGAAUGGAAGGCUGGUAAUAUUUACACAUUCUUAUAAAUGUUUACAAAUAUAAUUGUAAAUCGUUUAUAAAUCGUUAAAAGGUUUAUUCACGAUAGUUAUUUUAAAGUGCUACCAUUGACACCUCUAUGUAUAUAAUGAGAUAAUAUAAGAUUUUUUGCGAACACUUGCAGUGCUUCUGUCCAAAAACAGCAUUUAUCAACAGGAUUUCAGAAAUCCCAGUGGUAAGAUUUCCAGAAUCAGGAGGGAAAAAACCUGGGUAAAGCAACUGUUAACCUAACAAAUUAGCCUGUUAAAACCAAACAAAUUAGCCUGUUAAAACCUAACAAAUUAGCCUGUUAAAACCAAACAAAUGAUCCUGUUAAAACCUAACAAAUUAGCCUGUUAAAACCUAACAAAUUAGCCUGUUAAAACCUAACAAAUUAGCCGCUAUGUCAAGAGAUCCGAACAGCUUGACGAGGUUGCUAGGUGUUUGGUUAAAGUGAUUUCAAUAGUUGUAUAGGUUUAGGAGUAAAGUAGUAACAAUGUACUGUACAGUUCUGCCAUUGUAGAGGUCCUUAGGCACAGAUCUAGGACCAGAACACAGUAAAUUACUGUACAGUUCUGCCAUUGUAGAGGUCCUUAGGCACAGAUCUAGGACCAGAACACAGUAAAUGUCCUGUACAGUUCAGUAGAGGUUGUCCUUAGGCACAGAUCUAGGAUCAGCUUACCCAACCCAAAACCUAACUUAAAGGGCUAUCCAGGAUUGGUACAUCCAGUUUUUUUUUACUUUUAAAUUAUUGAUUUAUUGCUCUUGGUUCUUGUAGAAUAUAACUUAAAACUGCCUUGUGACCAGGUCAACAGUCGUUCCCCAUCAGAACAUUGUAGAAUAUAACUUAAAACUGCCUUGUGACCAGGUCAGCUGUCGUUCCCCAUCAGAACAUUGUAGAAUAUAACUUAAAACUGCCUUGUGACCAGGUCAACAGUCGUUCCCCAUCAGAACAUUGUAGAAUAUAAGUUAAAACUGCCUUGUGACCAGGUCAACAGUCGUUCCCCAUCAGUACCCUAACUAUAAGCUUGUUUUCACUCCAUUGUUUGUCCACAUUGUAAAGGUUUAAAACAUGGUUGAAAGUAUCAUGUUGAUCUCAUGGAUGGUCAGUCCUUGCAUCCAGAGAUCCAUCUGUGAUGUUGAGAGUGGUUAAAUUUAUCCAGGCCCAUCCCUCAGCUGUUAACCACAACAAGUGGUGGGAUGACCUGUUAGUUGCUUUUUAAAUCCAAGACUGCCCCUUUAAGGUUCCACCCUAGAACUUGGUCUCAGAAUAACCAUGGAGAUUCAGUAGAGUCUUAAAACAAUCUAAACAACGUCUACAUUCAAUGUUGUAUGUUUUAUAUUCUAUUCUGUUGCACUUUUACAAGUUGUGUAUUUUAUACUUUUAAAGAAUGUACCAUUUUCAUGUCCUUUAUCAACACCGUUCUGAAUGUAAGCACUUAGUGUUGUACUUGACUGUGUACUCUGUAGUGUGUCUGUGUGUGUGUGUCUGUGUGUGUGUGUGAGAGAUAGAGAGUGGGUAUGUUUCGGUAGAUUCAGCCACAAUAAAACGUUGCUAC